AUGGAAGGCCUCUCCGAAAUUGCUUCAGAAGUUGCUUCUACAGAUGAUCUUUUGGAUGUACCAUUUCUAGAACCGGAGGUCAGAGCAACAUCCAUAGCAAUUAGACUUAGAUCUCUCAAUGUUUUCCAAAGACGUUGGGAUGAAGUAUUUGGCCGUUCCGCACCAUUUGAUAGUGAAUGGGGCAUAGAUAACUAUCGAACUACUAACCCGGAUCUUUUACAAAUCAUUAGAGA